GAAAGUGGACAGAAAAGGUAAGUAUUAAUUUAGGAGACUUUUAAAAAAGAGGUUGGUUAGUUUUUUUAAAUUGACGUCAUUAAAAUUUUUGAAAAUUUGAAUUUUUAUCAAAUUAAUUAAUUCAAAGUGUUCUUAAUAAGAACUUUUAAAAAAGAAAAAAGGAAAAACGGAAAGACAAACGAUUUCUUCACCGUCGGCGAACAAUCCAUCUUUCGUUCUACACCUUGUAUCAGCCGCCAAACACCCCAGCCCUGCCGGCGUUUUCAUCGCGGCGACCACGGACAGCCGUAAAAUAGGCGGCGGCAGGCGGUGACCACGCGAACCCCUAGCCAGCGAUCAGCGGCGCGUACGAACACGCACGGAAUCCUUGCGCAAGGGCGUGCAACUCACCCAUUAACGAGAGGACGCGGCAAUAACGCGAUUCGGUCGUGGCGUCGAAUUUUCCGGUUGGUCCUGUCCAGAAACAGCCAGGGUCUUUGUCGACGGUGACCUACACAGCAGAUUCGUCGAUUCUGUUUGAAACCAUCAUUUUCUUGUGGACAUGGUUGCCAUUGCACCAUCUUCUGCAUCUUUUUCUCUCCCCAAAAGUUUGAUGUUCUCUAAAACAUCAAAAGGCACCUGUAGAACUGGCAUAUAUGUGCCCUCAGAUAUUCGCUUGGCUGCCAGGAGUCCAAAAAGUUUUGUAUUGAAUGCCUCAGUUUCAGUCAACGAGUCAAAUUCAAGGACCUCAAGUUUGAACAAGAAGACCCAGAAUCCGAUAAUUGUCAUUGACAACUAUGAUAGCUUCACCUACAAUCUUUGUCAGUAUGUGGGGGAGCUGGGAUGUCAUUUUGAGGUCUAUCGAAAUGAUGAUUUGACUGUGGAUGAGUUACGAAGGAAAAACCCACGAGGAAUCCUAAUAUCCCCAGGGCCAGGUGCACCUCAGGAUUCUGGGAUCUCGUUGCAAACUGUUUUGGAACUUGGACCUACUAUUCCUCUCUUUGGUGUCUGCAUGGGUUUGCAGUGCAUUGGAGAGGCUUUUGGAGGGAAAAUUGUUCGUUCCCCUUAUGGGGUUGUCCAUGGAAAAAGCUCUCCUGUUUACUACGAUGAAAAGGGUGAAGAAGGGCUUUUAUCUGGGUUAUCAAAUCCUUUCACUGCUGGUCGAUACCAUAGCCUGGUCAUUGACAAGGAAACUUUUCCCUCUGAUGAACUGGAAGUUACAGCAUGGACUGAAGACGGAUUGAUAAUGGCCGCUCGCCACAAUAAAUACCGACAUUUACAGGGAGUUCAGUUUCAUCCUGAAAGUAUUAUAACAAAAGAGGGAAUGUCGAUCGUUCGCAACUUCGUAAAAUUGAUAGAGAAGAAAGAGAGGGAGGUUGAGCUUCAUUCAUAAGGCUCAAUUUCUCAUCCCGAGACUGCCUUCAUCUUUUUAACCCUUUUCAAAUUACGCCUUACCAAGUCCAUUUCACUUCCCCAGCAAUCAUUAUUCUGUAAUUGUAUUUCAACAUGUUAUUUUAUUUUCACCUUAACCUACAAAUGGCUGAUAUGAGCUUAAGCUCAUUUGACGAA